GCCGCCGCUGCUGCAGCUGUUGUAAGAUGGCGGCCGUGUUAGCGGAGAGCAGGGCGCUGACUUACUGCGUUUAUAAAUGGUCCAGUUACUCCUCUAUUUACGUCCCGGAGAAUAUUUUGGUGGAUAAACCUCAUGACCAGUCUUCAAGGUGGUCCUCCGAAAGCAAUUAUCCCCCUCAGUACUUGAUUCUGAAACUUGAGAGGCCCGCAAUAGUCCAGAGCAUUACCUUUGGCAAAUAUGAAAAGACCCAUGUCUGCAACCUGAAGAAGUUCAAAGUUUAUGGGGGUAUGAGUGAAGAGAACAUGACUGAACUGCUGUCAAGUGGCUUAAAGAAUGAUUACAACAAGGAGACUUUCACCUUGAAGCACAAAAUUGAUGAUCAGAUGUUCCCCUGUCGUUUCAUUAAAAUAGUUCCCUUAAUGUCCUGGGGUCCUAGCUUUAACUUCAGCAUCUGGUACGUUGAACUACAUGGGAUAGAUGAGCCAGAUAUUGUGCAACCGUGCCUUAACUGGUACAGCAAGUACCGUGAACAAGAAGCCAUUAGGCUAUGCCUGAAACACUUUCGCCAGCACAACUACACUGAGGCCUUUGAGUCACUGCAGAAGAAAACUAAGAUUGCAUUGGAGCAUCCAAUGUUAACUGAACUGCACGACAAGUUGGUUCUUAAAGGUGACUUUGAUGCUUGUGAAGGACUGAUUGAAAAGGCUGUCAAUGAUGGUUUGUUUAAUCAGUACAUCAGUCAACAAGAAUACAAGCCCAGGUGGACUCAGAUCAUUCCUCAAAGUAGCAAAGGUGAUGGAGAUGACAAUAGACCUGGAAUGAGGGGAGGUCAUCAGAUGGUAAUUGACGUUCAAACAGAAACAGUAUAUUUAUUUGGUGGUUGGGAUGGAACACAGGAUCUGGCAGACUUCUGGGCAUACAGUGUUAAAGAAAACCAAUGGACCUGUAUAUCUAGAGAUACUGAGAAAGAGAGUGGCCCAAGUGCUAGGUCUUGCCACAAGAUGUGUAUUGACACAACGCGGAGACAGAUAUAUACAUUGGGUCGUUACUUAGAUUCUUCUGUGAGGAAUAGUAAGUCUCUGAAGAGUGACUUCUAUCGCUAUGACAUAGAUACUAAUAAAUGGACAUUGUUAAGUGAAGAUACAGCUACUGAUGGUGGACCAAAGUUGGUGUUUGAUCAUCAGAUGUGUAUGGAUUCUGAAAAACACAUGAUUUACACAUUUGGCGGGAGGAUAUUAACUUGCAAUGGAAAUAUUGAUGACACUCGAGCUAAUGAACCACAGUUCAGUGGACUUUUUGCUUACCAUUGUCUGUCUAAUACUUGGAAGUUACUUCGGGAAGACUCGUGCAAUGCUGGACCAGAGGAUGUACAGUCGAGGAUUGGGCACUGCAUGCUCUUUCACACUAAAAAUCGGUGCCUUUACGUGUUUGGUGGACAGAGGUCAAAAACGUACCUGAAUGACUUUUUCAGUUAUGACGUGGACAGUGAUCAUGUGGAAAUAAUAUCUGAUGGGACAAAGAAGGACUCUGGUAUGGUUCCAAUGACAGGUUUCACUCAGAGGGCUACAAUUGACCCAGAACUGAAUGAGAUUCAUGUCCUCUCGGGUCUCAGUAAAGAUAAGGACAAGCGGGAAGAGAAUGUUCGAAAUUCUUUUUGGAUUUAUGACAUCGCCCGGAAUAGCUGGUCCUGUGUUUACAAAAAUGAUCAGUCUUUAAAAGAUAAUCCGAAUAAGAGCCUUCAAGAAGAGGAGCCAUGUCCGAGAUUCGCUCACCAGCUCGUCUAUGAUGAUAUGCAUAAGGUUCACUACUUGUUUGGUGGGAAUCCUGGGAAGUCAUGCUCACCCAAGAUGAGACUGGAUGAUUUUUGGUCGCUGAAGCUUUGUCGCCCUUCCAAGGACUACCUCUUGAGACAUUGCCGAUACCUCAUCCGGAGACAUAGAUUUGAGGAGAAAGCUCGAGCAGACCCUUUAAGUGCUUUAAAAUAUUUACAGAAUGACUUGUAUGUUACUGUGGAUCACUCAGACCCAGAAGAAACUAAAGAGUUUCAGUUACUGGCUCAGGCACUCUUCAAAUCAAGUUCAGAUUUCAUCCCAUUAGGUUUUUCAGAUGUUGACCAGACUUAUGCCCAGAGGACUCUGCUGUUUGAUACGUUGGUAAACUUCUUUCCUGACAGUAUGACGCCUCCAAAAGGCAACCUGGUUGACCUCAUCGCACUGUAGCUGGACAGCAGUUGAUGGAUUCUGACUGAAGAGAAAAUGAAUCACAAAUCUGAUCUCCUGUUUUGUACAGGCUAGAUCGGCUUAUGAUUUUUGGCUGGCAAAGAUGGUUUUUGUAAUGCAUCACCUUUCAUCUAGUUUUGAUUUGAGUGCCCAAUUUCAGUUCUGUUUUCAUGCAGGCUAUAGAACUGGGUUGGAACAGAUGACAGCUUUGUGAAUAUGGGUUUGCUUCCCAUUGUGUGUUUAGUCCUUUGCUGCAUUGGUAAAUAUUUAAAACUGUUUUGAGAUUUAAUAAUAAAUCCUGCCGUCAGUGUGUUGAUAUAAACACGCGGUUGACGUUCUUAAUGUCUCGGCUGCUUCCUGAAAUAAUGCUGCAGUGAUACUUUAUCAGCAGUAUUUCAGUCCACUUUUGUCCAUUUAUCAAUCCAAUAAUCCACACCCUUGAAGUCACAUUAUGGUGUUUUAUGUGCUGUUCCCAUUCCCUUUGGCCUCUACAGCAAUAUUAAUAACUGCUUUAAAAAGCUGCAGCUAUACUUUUGACAUUGAAUUCAAGUGCUGUGCACAAUGCAAAGUGACUCAGUGUUACGCAAUGCCCUGUGGGGUGGCUGACACUGGAAUUCUCAGUCAGCAGAGUAGAUUUGCUGCCUUUAUUGGGAUGCGUUUUUACUUUAGAUUCGAUCCAUUUUACUGUUAAUUUACUACUUGUGCUUCAGGUGCAGUCCUGUUGUAAAUGGGACAAACUUUAAUUUGCACAUAUCCCCCCUCCCCCCUUUUUUUUUGAUUGCAUGGCCAAAAGAAAAUCCAGCUUUCAAAAUAUUUGCUGUUGAGCUGGCUGUUUUAAAGGUAUGAAAGAUCCAGCAUGGUCUUUUCCGCUUGGGACAAGAUUAUUGCAACAAAACAAAUGCUUUCAAAAAUUGUAGUUAUCAGCAAUUUGCCUUUCUAUCGCAGCUGGCCCAGAGCCUGGUGCACGGAUGGGCAGCUUCCAAAGCCUACUUUUAUGUAUAUUCACCUGGAAAGUGCAGUGUGCUGGUUUUGUUUUUGAAGCAAGACUGUUCUCACAUUUUUGCAAUUGCUGAUUUCACCUCUUGAAUGCAAUUUUGGCUGCAGAAAAAUGGAUGACAAAGAUCCGCUUUGGGUUUGCAGUUUCAUAAUGAAUCUGAGAGUGCGUAUGAAAAGGCCUGCUUUAUGGCGGAAAUUCCGAGACAUUUCCUGCUACAGUUCAGGAUGCAUGACAUCCAUAUUAUCCAUUUUUAUUUAAAUUGAAACAAAACGGUCAAUAUUCCCUCUAAAACUAUUACAAAGUCCCCUGACCUAAUUUGUUAAGUAAUAGAUGUAUUGAUAAAAUGUGUGUAAUAUGUGAACAGCUGUUGAUUCUGUGUUCUUAAGAUGGCUGCCUCCAAACUGUGGAGGUUCUAGUUUAAGAUGCUUUCUGCAAUUGACUCUUGGCUUCCAUCAAUAACAGGAGCCUAGACUUUAAUAAUUUCUUGCAUCUUGUAUUCUUUUUCAUCAUCCUUCCUCAAUGAUGUCAGGCAUGUUGAGUGAAGUUUAGUCAUCAGUUGUAAAGUCAUUUCUUGGAACAUGUAAAGGUGAUGCCUUAAAGUAUGUUGUGCUUUUUUAAAAAAAAUCCAGCUUAGCUGCCAAAGAGAGUGAAAUAUGGUUAAGUGUGCCGAUUGAAAAUACAUGUUUGAAACUGUGUGUAGGAAAUUGAGACCUUGUUACAGUAUUUUAAUUUUUAAUUUUCUCAGAUGAACUAUUUUGAUUCUUUCACAUCUUUAAGAAUUGGAACAGAUUAUUGUAAUUGCUGUUAAGGAAAUUGUGGAAGAUUUUUGCUGAUGCAAGUUUCUAAAUUGUACUGCUUUGUACAGUUACUAUCUAUGUAUUUUUAAUCCAUUGGCACCCUUUGAUUUAAAUUCCUCAUACAAUGAUCUUACAUGAAGGAUGGUCACAGCAAAGGUUUUAAAUAGCCAUUGGUAGUUAGCUGUGACUAACUUAAAGGCUUUCACUUGUCUUAGAAAUGCAUGUGAUUACGGUACUUUACCUCACUGAUCGGAUUGUCCCCUUUAUGCUGCUUUUGUGUUCGACUACUAGAGGCAAAGAUUUUUUUUUCAUUUUUUUUCCUCCAUAGAAGAUCAUUUUCCAUUUUUUUUUCCACAAAUGGCACCAACAUACUUUAUUAAGCCCUAAAAGCAGCAUCUUUUAUUUGAAAACAUAGAGUUGAAUGAAUAUUUUUCUCACUAUUGCUGCAUUCAUGCCUCUGCAGAACAUCUUGCCAUACUGUGGAAAUUGAUUUCCUUCUGUAGCUGGGUAACUUGGUGAGUUAGGAUUUUGUUAGCAUUGCUGCUGAUGGGCGCCCUUGUUUAUUUAGAGAUGGCCCUUCAGGUAUUAAAUCUGCUUUUGUUUUGAAAAAUUCCACAGUCUCAUAACUGUACAGAUGCUUGCUGUAAGAUUAUCUUUUUUGGAGAAGUGGCAGGAGUGUUGAAGAAUAGAAAUAAAGGAACAUCUUCCAGCUGUGUGUGUGAUGCGUUGAAGGUACGAGGCAAAAUUUAUGCUGGGCAAGCAUGUUGUUCAAACAUGGCCACAUCCCAACUUGUAAUAUGGACUAUUUGCUGUACAAGUAAUCAAAGGUAUUCACUGAAUCCUUUGAAAUACAGAUACUCCAUCCACCACUAGUAAACUACACCCCCUUUGUCCCCACUGCAGCAACCCCUGUCCUGACCAGUACUGGUAAGAAUUAUAUAAAGAGAAGUUCUAUACAAUUCAAACUUGUAACCUCUGCUGUCAAAAGAGAAGCAUUAAUUUUCAAUCUUAACCAAAGCAUAUCGUUCCUGGUAGUUUUGCAUUGAGGUCACGUUGAUUGAUGACUAACCUGACCUGAUGGCCUUGACCAAAGGCUAAAUAGAGUGCAGGACAGUUGGAAAUACAGACCUGAGAAAAAUGUUCACUUUAUUUAGUUUGCCCUAUUUAAAACAGUAUAAUAACACCAAUAAUUACUAUGCAAAAUUGCAAAACAUUGCUGAUACUCCAGAAUUUGUAACUUUUUUGUCAGCGUGCACCUUUGCACCAGAUUCCAUGAUUUAGAAAUAUACCUACAGAUCGUGGUGUAGUCAAUAAUUGGACCCAACAAAAGCUCAGUCCAAAUGUUUAAUAUACACUGUUCUGCUGUUUAAUAUAUGGAGCAGUGUUGUACUUCAAAGUGUGUUUCAGUAGUCCCCUUUGUCCUUGUCGGCUAAUGCUCCUGUUAAUGGGAUCUAGCAUAGUUAUUUUGUAUUUACAGAAUUGUGAGGGUUGGCAGUGAUGGUGUUGAAAGUGUCAUAGCAAAUACUGGCAAGCCUUAAUGAUCAGAACAAAAUCACUGGUGUUAACCAAAGAAAGGUUAAAACAUCCUGUAUAAUAGUGGUGGCUUCUCAUUGGAAGGGAAGAAAAAUAGUAAAACUUUGCAUUUAUGAAAUGCCUUUUGCAACCUUGGGGCAUCACAAAGUGCUUCACAGCUAAAUUGGAAUGGUUGAUCAUGUCCAUGGUUGGAUGGAUAUCAAAUGUCCCUUCUGAACUUAAGUUUUGUUAAGUAAAAUAAAAUGCUUAAGAGAGUGCAGAACCAGGUGAUCAAUAUCUGAAAAAGUAAAGAUUGAUUAAAUUGUCUGGUGGAGUUACAACCGAAAACAUUAAUCUGUCUGUCUUGCACAUGCUGAUCUGCUAUUUUUGCAUUAGAUUUCCAACAAUUUCUUUUGAACUGCUAUUAUUCUGAUGUACCACUAACUGCUACUUGUAAAGCACAGAAAACUGACCGUAAUCUGGUGCAGUUUGGCACUAAGGUUCAUGUAGCAAUGUUUUGGAAAAUACGGAUGAUUAAUAUGGCAGGUGUUUCAUGCCAAUUACUGCUCUGUAUGAUAGCUCAGAUAGCUCUUUGACUUACUACCCAAAUAGUUGCAUGGUAAGACCUAACAUGUUGACCUUACUCCUGUUUAACUGGAGUGUAUUUAAGCCAGGCAGCUUUGCAGAUGUUUUUAUCUCUUAGAAAUGCAAUUUACUCUCGCUGGCCAAUUUUGUCUCGUUGAUGUUUUAAUUAACCAGCUAAAAUAAAAUAAGAGAAAUAAUUGUCAACCUUGAGUGUAAAACAAACCUGGCUGAUUCAUUCAGUUUUAUUUUAAUUAUUUUAUAAUUAGAAGAAAAAUACAAAUGCAUAGGUCAAAUUUUGGCAUAUUAACUUACUUUGGCCUGGCUCAGCUCAAACUCUCAAUUACUGGCUCCACGUACUUUAUGGCUGGAAUUUUCUUUCUUUGUGGGAUGAGACCUGCCUAGAUUUACAGCUCCAUAAUAAAUUGUUCUCAACAUUUAAAAUUGAAGCAAUGCAAUGGAAUUUUUAUUAUGUUCAUAAGCCAUCAGAUAUUUGCAUCUGCAGAAAGUGGUUUUGCACCUGUUUAGGUAUAUAAAAGCCAGUGUCUCAAGAUUAGGUUAUGGGAUCUUGCUAAUACCUAGGACAAGUGAUUUGACAUGGUGAGAUACCCCAUUAUAAGUUGCACACGUAUCUAUAUUUGUAUACUGUGAUUUGUGUAACAGUAACUGCUUCAAAAAGUAAUUCAUUGUAAAGCACUUUGAGAUGACCUGAUAAAGUACUGUUUAAGUGUUUUGGCUUUCUUUAAACAGUUAGCUAGUUAUUUAAAGGAAGGGGAUAGCCUGUUACUCUUCAUUUUAAAUGUGUUUUUAAGUCUUAAAUUUGUUAAAAGUCUGUUGGAACAUUAUCCUUUACCUUACUGGACUGCAAAGAUAACUCGAGGAAACACAUUCUUCAAGUGGAAUUGGUUAGUCUUGGUUUUUCGGGGUUCGUUGAAUAACAGUGUCCAGAAUUUGUCACUAAUUGGCACUAUAUAGGCAGCUCUCGAAGACCUCUCCCAGAAGUGGGAAAGUUCAGGAUAGUUUACAGCUGUGUGAUGGGUGUGUUUCAGUAUGCAGAGGAAUACUGUGAAGGACUGCUUUGAACUGAUUUUGUGCUUAAUGUUUACCAUGUAAAAGGUGGAACUGUCCUUGGACCCAUUCCUAAUGUUGCUUCCUGAGAGCUUUUUGAUCCUUUUCCUAAAUAUCUUUGAGACCACUUUGCAUAUCUUUGGAUGGGAGGAGAGAAAAAGUGUUGUUUAAAUCGGCUUAGCUGAAAUGCUUAAUUAUGGGAACAUGAAGCUGAAAUAAUUUGCUUUUGCUUGAACAGUCUAGAUUUAGAAAGGGAAAACUGAACAUCCAGGGCAGUUUUGCUUGCAAAAUAGUUACCAGAUUCUGGUUUGAAUUUCAUCUGUUUUUAACAGAUAGUCCAUCUCUUAAGCCCCACUCAGUGAAACUUGAAAUUUAAAUACAGACCUGGUAUACCUGAGUUGCAAUAACCUGGAGAGGACAAUGGUGCUCAGUAUUGUAAAUUUGAUGUGCCAGAUCAGCUUUGAUCUAAUUAAAUGGUUAAACAGGCUCAAGGAGCUGGGUGGCCCAUGUAUGUAAAGGGUGCGGUUGGGCAGAGGACAGGUUGGAUGCUUGACCAGUUUAUUAGCCUGCUUUAAGAAGUAGCUGAAUGAGAAGCUGGUGGAAUUGGGAUUUUGGAAGGUAACCUGGUGGCUGUCUUCAUUUUUAGUUGUGCUUGUCCAACAUAUUGGAACAAACCUGGUUUGACCAUUUGGUUUUAAAAAAAAAAGCAUGGAAAAGAAGAAUGAAAAUGUAUGAAACAGAAUGGAUGUGAAACAAAAAAAACUACAGAUAAUCGGGAGUGAAAAGCAUGCUGUGUUAAAAGGCUGGAAGGAGAAGUUUCAAGUUUCAAUUCCCAACAGUAGCUCUUAGUUUGAGGGAUCCUCAAAAGAAAAGAUUCUUGUUAAAAGCCAAGUUUGAAACGAGUGUAAUUUGAACAGAUUGGAUUAGGUUUAUAUCUCCUAGUAAUCACAAAGGUGGCUCUGUGACCCUUUUUUAAAAAAAAAAACAGUAUGGAAGUGGCAUUAAAUGAAUUGCAGAUGAGUUGCUGAAUUGGGUGAACACUCAAUGGUGGAGUAAGAGAAUGGAUAUCCUGUUUAAAAAUCCACAAACUGGUCUAUUCCUUCCUUCAAAGUAAGUUGUUGGUUACAAUACCUUUUGGAUCCAAUUUGGAUAAGACACUGCAUUGCGGUAUGUUUUCAGUGCUUUAAGAAUUGAUGUAUUAUCAAUUUCUGUUUACAUUUUCGAAAUAGAUUCAAUGGUAUUGUAUGGGAGGAGACAUUGAUCCAAGCCCAAAAAAUAUUCCAAUAUACUUAGGUAGGGAAAAACAGAUUAGUAAAAAUAUUGCUUAUCCGUAACCUUCUAACUGCAUCUCUGGGCAGGACAAAGUGAAACGUAAGACUUUGGACUUGUAUCAGUGGUCCAAAUCCCAUUGAAUAGACCAAGUAUACCCCUCUCUUUCUUUCUUUUGCAACAUUACUGAAAUAUGUGUUUAAUGGGCACUGUUGGUAAAGUUGGGAUUACCUAAAACAUUUGCACUUCUGAACGUGGUGUUUGUUGAUGUUGCAGUUUAAAAGAUUGUCAGUGGAUGGCACAGUGGGUUAGUACCUCUUGGAUCUGAAUGCAAAGCCCAGACUGAUGGAAUUGUCACAGCAAUUUUUAUUGAAUGUUUUUUUGAUAACACAAAGUUGCCCCUAAAUUGGCAAUCUCAGUCAUAGCCACAAGGCUAACGAACAUGGGAAAGGUCACGCUGCAGUUGAAUGAUUUCUGAAGUUAAGGUAACAAACAUUGAGGUAGAGCAGAGGGAACUUUAAGGGUAAUGGUUUGUGCUGUAGCUGACUUCAUGGUACCUGAAAUGGGGAAAUGUCCAGUGCUGCUAAUGCCUUGAGUGCAACAGUUUGUGAAAAUAUUAAAAAGAAUGAUUUGGGAAGCAGAAUGUGAUACUAGAUUAGUUCCAUUGUUCCACGUUAAAAUGUACGGCCUUUCCUCUGAACCAGGGGUGGGUUCCCAUACAAUAGUGUUGCUGGCCAAAUUAGCUUCUCCUUUUAUAUUAACAAAGCUUACAAGGGCAGAGAUAAAUCGAGUGUACAGAUAAAAGAAAAUAACCUGAGAAUGCUGGAGAUUGGUUAAUGUUUUGAGUACACACCCUGCAUCACUUGCAUGCACAUUCUGAUGAAGCAUCUUUAUCUAGAUAUUAACCAGGUUUUUCUCUUGAAUGUGUAUUUCCAUCAUCUUUGUUAUUCAACUCUGUAUAAUUGGGAUAUAUACGACACAAGGAAUGUAAAAGCUCAGUGAUCAGGCAAAAGGAAAAAUGCCCCAUUGAAGAGUUUAAAUUUUUCACCCUUUCACAUCAGGUUCCUUUCCCCAUAACAAUAUGCAUACAUUACUUUUUUAAUGUGUUUGUGUUUGCUUUACAUCCUAUAGCCUGAUUAAGCAGAUUAGUUGCAUUAGUAAAAUGUUCAAUUAAAUGUACUUUCUGGAAAUUUGCCUUUGCUCAGACUUGGUAAAUAAUCUACAUUUCCACCAUUUAUCUGUUGUUUUCUAGUGCACAUGUUGCUUUUAUAUAAAGUUACAAGUUUCAUUUUUUCCUUAACUUUGAUAGAGUAGGGCCGACACUCAUUUACCAAUAAUCGGUAAGCUAGAAUAUAAAUGUUUUUAAAGUGACAUUUAUACAGGUGCUUGCUGAACUCAAUUUGUUUGAGAUGGCAACUACCUUCAUUGAACAUGUCCUUUUUUCCCUGAAGAAUUAAAAAUGAAAUGGCUGACUAGAGUUUGUGGACAGGAUUCAACAAGUGUUAAUAUCCAGUGCAUGAUGAUGUGUUCAGCUGUUCACCAUUAAAAUAUGGGUCUAUCUGUAAUAACUUCCAGUAUAGGUUGGUGGCCAGUGAGUGUCCAUCAAUUUAAAGUAUCCUGAAGGUAGAAUUUCUCUCUCCGUCUCCUCCCUGCAAAUCCAGUCAACAGAAGUACAAUUCAGACUGUGAAAUGUACUGCAGUCUGUAUAUUUGUGACCUUGUUAGGCUGUGAACAAAUAUUGCUGCGGUAGAUACUAGUUCCAGAAGUCAAUGGUCAACUGUUAGAGAGGCAAUUAAAUGCCUUUUGUAACUCUUAUUUUUAAGCCAUUUUUUAAUGUGAACUUGGUGAUUGCAGCUCUACAUUUUCUACUAGGUCCACCCAAGUUAGGAUGGAGAAGAGUAUCACAGUGAUUGGAAAUCAAAAAAUAUUUAAGGUGUUUUAAUCUUGCAUUAAUAUUUCUCCGCAUUCCAAUCAGAGGAGGCUUUCAAUCAGUGUCGAAUUGCCUUCAUCUACCUGACUAUUGCUAAUGAAGGAUACAAAUGUAUUAGUUUAGUGAGCUAUGCAGCUACAUCUUCCAUCUGGGAAUGCCCGAAGGUCAUUGAAGUAAUAUGGGCUUUCCUUUUCCUGUUUGAAUCUGUUGCAUUGAAUAAGUUGCAAUAAUUUUGCUGUUUGUAUCCAACUAAUCAUACAAUCAAAGUAACAAAAACCCUGAGGCUUGUUUUAUGUUUAUGAUCCCUCAAAUGUAGACCUAUUACCAACACUUGCUAAUACACCCCUCACUAUAUGAUGACUAAUUAUGGCUUGAAUUAAGUAUGGUUAUGAAGUCAACCAGAAGACCACUGUUGGAAAAUGAUUGGCCAAAGGACUUUGCAGUGUGUGCAGUUUUGAAGAGGCUUUCAAAUGUUAAUAUUGGGUUUUGAACCCAGUUUGGUGCUUCAGUUAUUCAUGUCUGUGCGUCUAUGAUUCUGGUUAGUUUACAGGGGCCUGUAUUCAAACAUUUUAUGCAAUACAACAUGUACAGAUUCCUGUUAUACUUUGGGCUAUUUGUGAAUAUGGGUCCAGGGAAUGUGUUUUCCCUUCAGUCUUUCAGUGAUUCUUCAAGAACCUCUGUAACAGAAUAUAUGUUACAAGCAAACCUGUGAGUUUGCCGUAAGGUUCAACCAGGCAGAUUUAACCUGUGAGGUAAUCGGAAUGGUGUGUGUUUUCCAUUUCUAUUUGAAAGUAUGAAGAUCCCAACCUUUAUUUGCUGAAAUGUAUACAAUUUAUGCACUACCUUGUUGUGAAUAACUGAAUGUGUAGACCCAGUGAACAAAUGCAACUGUAGAAUUAUGUUGUAUGUAAUGUACAUAUGGAAAAAAGACUGUAUUUUGUUCAGUUUCUUUUCUUAAUAAAAAAAACUCUGAAAAGUAAA